AUGGCUUUGAAGCGAAUCAACAAGGAACUCAGUGAUCUUGGACGUGAUCCCCCCUCCUCUUGCUCUGCUGGUCCUGUUGGCCAGGAUCUGUUCCACUGGCAGGCUACUAUCAUGGGCCCCUCAGACUCUCCUUACUCCGGAGGUGUUUUCUUUCUGUCUAUCCACUUCCCCACUGACUACCCCUUCAAGCCACCAAAGGUGACCUUCACUACCCGAAUCUACCACCCCAACGUCAACACCAACGGAUCCAUCUGUCUGGAUAUUCUCAAGGAGAACUGGUCUCCCGCACUCACCAUCUCCAAGGUGCUGCUGUCCAUCUGCUCCAUGCUCACAGACCCCAACCCUGACGAUCCUCUCGUGCCCGACAUUGGCCACCUGUACAAGAACGACCGAGCACGAUACGACGCCACUGCCAAGGAGUGGACCAAGAAGUAUGCCGUCUAG